ACUUUUGUUGACCUGCAGCGUCACUGACUGAUGGAGUGGAGCUGCGACCACAGUGGCUGCAGCAGGCUCAACAAAACCACGUGACCAGGGAUGAGGAAGUCAGUGCAGAGGGUGAGGAUCAUGGGAAGGCUCACUCCCUAACGUCCGCUGUCUCUCUCGCUUUUUGGGGGCUUUAACAUGACUCACACGGAGGCUGUCGUGUGUCUGAAGCUGCUCCUGUUUCUCCACGUUGUUCACACUCAGCUCAGGAACAAUGGACAGCAGCAGUGGCCCGUUCCCUACAGACGGUUUGAUCGUCGCCCUGCUGUGGACUCUUACUGUGAAGCUCUCUACCCCUUCUGUCCCACUGGAGACCGAGACGGACGGAUUCCCUACAUGAGAGACAGCGAUGUCGUCUCAGUUUAUCGACUGCAGACACCUGUGUGGGAGUUCAAGUAUGGCGAUUUGCUGGGGAAGUUUCAUAUCAUGCAUGAUGCCAUUGGGUUCAGCAGUUCAGAAACAGGGGCCAACUACACCAUGGAGUGGUACGAGCUGUUUCAGCUGGGUAACUGCACCUUCCCCCACCUCAGGCCAGAGGCGCCCGCACCUUUCUGGUGCAACCAGGGAGCUGCCUGCUUCUUUGAAGGCAUCGACGACUUACACUGGUCACAAAACGGCACCUUGGAGAAAAUAGGAGAAAUCACAGGGAACCAGUUCAAUGACAUGGCCCAGUGGGUCCAGGACGACAACUCGACUGGGAUCUACUACGAGACGUGGACAGUUCGCUCUGACCCCAGCCCCAACGCCACAGUGUGGUUUGAGUCUUACGACUGCUCUCAGUUUGUCCACCGCACAUACAGGAAACUGACUGAGCUGGGAGCCAAGCUAUCCAGCAGAACUCAGACCAAUUACACCAAGAUCUACCUGUACAGCGGCGAGCCCACCUACCUCGGCAACGACAGCGCCAUAUUUGGACAGCCUGCUCUGAAGAAUCUGGCAGUGGACAUCCGUAAUUUUUACCACACGUUCAGACCACACCAGUCGUUUAUAGACUUUGCCAUCAGUCUGUUGGAGGCUUAUAAAAAGGUCGUGUUGGAAAAGAGCUUCUACCUUUACUACAACUUUGAGUACUGGCAUCUGCCAAUGAAGCCUCCUUAUUUGCAGAUUACAUAUGAGGAGGUGCCUUUGCCUUAACAUAACACUUUUACUGCAGUGUUUUCAUCAAGGGUUGAAAGUAAUAGUUCUUUUCAUUAAUAGUCAAUCUGCCUUUUUUUUCCUUUGUUUUUGAUUAAAAGAUUGUCCUAAAGCCAAAGACAUUAUAAAAUGUUUUUCUUCAUAAGCAGAGUUUAAGAGUUUGCUGUGUUAAAGGUGCCUUGUGGGAUUUUAUUGUAAGCAAACAAAGUUCUGUUUACAUUCAGUGUUUUGCACUAAACAAGUCUUGAGGCAUGGCAAAUGUGUUUAAAGCGUUCCCUUCCUCAAAACAUUUGCAAAGCUUCUUUUUUUAAAUAAUUUUAAAUUGUGUAUUGUUUAUAACCAUGUUUAUUAGCUUGCAGUCUUCUUCUCCCCUUAAAUUUUAAGCCUUUGGAAAAAUGUAUGCCUGAGAGCAAAAUAACAGUGUUUCAAAUCACUACACUCAUUGUUAAUACAUUCCUCACCUGUACUGGCAUAUUUAAGCCAUUCUGUCCAUCAAAUUUAAAUUUUUCCAACUAGCCUAAUAACUUGGUGUGAACUGUCCACUUUUCAUUCAAUUAAAAAAGUUACAUAGAUUUCUGUACUAUAAUAUGUAUAGUUUUAUUAGUGAGUCUACUUGUGCAAAGCUGUUUUCACUUAACUGCUCACUAAGUGCUAAGUGUCGGCAGUGUUUGGGAAUGAAUACAAUGACAGAUGCAAAGAGUACAUUCACAAAUGUUUAUUACCAGUAUAAGAUCACAUGUCUAAAACAAUCAUUUUAAUUUCAAGACAGGUGACCAGUAAAGCAAAGUAGACAAAGCAUUUGCCAUACAGAAGCAAAACUAAAAGGACAGUAUUGUCAACACCAGUUUACUGCAAACAGAACUCACCGGAGGACUCUAAACAAAUGAGCUUAAAAUAGCUAUGUUUAAGUGAAACAUAUUUUAACUCAUCCAGCUGAAUUUCCCAAUAAAGACAACAGGAAAACGGUUAAAACCAGUAGAGUAUUGAGACACAACCUUCACUUUAGAGCUACUGUCACUGCCACCGUUUAAUGCACUGCACAAAUGAUGAAAAAUAAUCAGGAGAUAUGUUACCGUACCACUGAGAUGCUAAGGUACAUGAGCACAGACAAUCAGCACAGAUAUCUACCUCAGUGAUAAGAGACCAUUCAAUAGACUGUUAGCUCAAUCCAACAAUAAUAAUGAUAAUAAUAAUAAGCGGUUGCACUUCCUGCAAUAAGUCAGUUUUAGUCUUCAUCACCAUUUGGCUACAUGAAAUGUCUAAGACCACAUGAAUAAAAGCAAUCUGAAAGGUGAAAGUCUGAAAUCUAAAUCUACAGCUCUUAUUGUCACGCAGUGUUGUCCAACAGUUUUUAAUAAUAACUUUUUAUGAAAAGACAUUUUGUCAAAGGAUUUAUUAAGUACAAAUAUGUAGCUUUUAAUGGCAUAUACUGCCACAAGUCAAAAGGUUUGUUUGAUUGGAAUUUUGGUUGACCUUUGACCCAUAUCUGUACAUUUUUACAAAUACAAAUAAAAUUGAACUGAAUUGAAUUUUUGAUUCCAGUGAAGUGUCUUCUGAUGUUAAAUUAACUUUUACAUGAUCCUUUUAAAAAAUGUCAUAAAGAAGAUCAGUAGGAUUCAGAUCUGGUGACUGCAGGGAGAAGAACAUCUGAAUCAGCAAAACUUUCCCUUCCUGAAAUUCAAGCAGGUGUAGUGUGUUGUGUUUUUAAUGCCAUUGUCCUGCUGGAAUACGGAUCAUCUUUCACACAGUUUUAAGACAGAAAAAAGGAUGGUGUUCGUCUGCAGAACAGUGAUUGAUUUGCCAACUGGAAUGUAACUUUAGGUGUUGCCCUGUUUAGUUUUGGAUUCAAACUACUAAAAACUUCUGGACAACCAGCGUGCAACAACACCAUAGUGACAGAGCUGGAAGUGUCAAAACCAAAUAAACCGUUAUCUUGCUGCUGGUCUGCUUGCUGGUUAUAAUGAUUGCUUCUUUUGUAUAACUGAAAAACACAAAUUCAUUACAAAAGCAGUAUCCAUAUCAAUAAAUUA